AAUGAAUGACGUUACAAUUUGUUGUCAACGUUAUCAAGUUUUACGUUUUCCUUUGAUUUAGUCGGUUAUAAUUAUAAUUACAAAAUAGCUUACUUAUUAAAACGUGAUUUAUAGUCAAAAUUUUCACGAACUUGUUUAUUUUUCUAACACAGACCGACACGCUUUAGAUCAAUAUGAAGCCUAAUGGAGGUGGUGAUGACUUCGAAGAACCAGAACAUAUGCGCAAACUGUUUAUCGGUGGAUUAGACUACCGAACAACCGAUACGUCUUUGAAAGAAUUUUACGAGCAAUGGGGCGAAAUUGUAGACGUGGUGGUCAUGAAGGACCCACAAACAAAACGAUCCAGAGGGUUCGGCUUCAUUACUUACUCCCAAGCUUCAAUGGUUGACGAAGCACAGAGCAAUCGACCACAUAAAAUUGAUGGCAGGAUUGUGGAACCUAAACGGGCAGUACCCAGGGAAGAAAUCAAGAGGCCUGAUGCAAGUGCUACGGUUAAAAAGCUGUUUGUUGGGGGCCUGAAGCAAGAUAUAGAAGAGGAGGACCUAAAGGAAUACUUCAGCCCUUAUGGAAACAUUGUGUCUGUUAGUUUAGUAACUGAGAAAGACACUGGCAAGAAGAGAGGCUUCGGUUUUAUUGAGUUUGAUGAUUAUGAUCCCGUUGAUAGGAUAUGUUUGCAACCGAACCACAAUGUUAAGGGGCGUCACCUAGAUGUGAAGAAGGCUUUGUCGAAGUCCGAGAUGGCUGGCGGCCCGCAGGGUGGCGGUGGCGCGAGGCGCGGCGGACGCGGCGGCGGCGGCGGCGGCGGUGGCGGCGCGUGGAACCGCGGCAACGACAACCAGGAUUGGGGGAAUCAGGGAGGGUAUGGACAAGGAGGAUGGGGUAACCAGAAUCCGUGGGAGACCAACAACCAAGGCGGUUGGGGCAACCAGGGCUAUGGAGACCAGGGUGGUUGGGGUCAAGCCCAGACAUUUGGCGCUGGAUACCAGCAGAACUACUCAGCAGGGCCUAUGAGGGCCAAUUAUAAUACUUCUCGCCCUCAGCCUUAUAAUCAAGGCGGCAGCGGCGGCGGGUACGCCACGGGCUACAACAGCGCGGGCGGCGCGGGCGCCGGCGCCGGCGCGGGCGCGGCCGCCGCCGCCGGCACCCAGCGCCGCUUCUAGUCCUCUUGUAUGAAGUUGCGCUAAGUUGAAGCUAGGCAGGCAGAAUGUUAGACGGAAGGUAGGCCAGGCGUCAGCUAGCUAGUGAGGGACAAGCGGACUUUACCAAGUGACUACAAUUACAUAGUCAUUAUACAUUUUUUUCUUCAACUAAGGUUGGUUCACAAUAAGGUACUGUGUAGGCAAUAGAUUCAUUUUUCCUAUUUUUAAGAUUGUAAUAGUGGUUUAGCACUCAAUGCUUUUAUUAUUCUAAUACUAGAAUUGCAACAUACAAGAUUUACUGAAAUAGCUGUUUCCUGACACGACACGUUUUGCUCAUUUGCCUAGAAUCUUUGUCAUAUUAUAAUAUUGACGGUAU